AUGCCACAAAGCAACUGCAAAAUAUGCAAACAUGUUCAGUUUUAUAAAUCUAGCAAUAGUACGCUCUCUUCGGAAUCAGAGAGUUUGUCUCAAGCGGUUGUAUUAAAAUCUCAAGAAGAAAUUACAACAAACGAACCACGAAGUCGAGAUUACUUAUCUCGUCUGUUUGAGAAAAAAAAAUUAAAAGAAAAAUCCCUGUCACAAAAGUUACAUACACCAUUUGACAGAAAACUAACAAGAUCUUGUUGGCCGGUUGAUAUAGGAAAAGUUAGCAAAAUAAAAAAAAAACCAAAAGAAAAAGAUAGAAAGAAACCAAGUUAUAGAUGUUUUAGAAAAAGAAAGAAAAUAGGUUUAGUUUCAAGUCCUCAAAACUUAAAUGGAAAUUUAUCUUUUAGCGAAAGCGAUUCUGAUUUGGAUAUAAUAUUGGAAGAAGAAAUGAAAACUCCUGAUAGAAUUCAAUUAAUUGAUGCUAAAAUCACACCACAAAUGUUAGUGGAAGUGUUACAAGAUUCUGAAUCUUUAAAAUAG